UUCAGUUUACAGCUUGUGAAUUUGUCACAAGACAAAGUAGAGCUGUAGCAUAGGAACCGGAGAUUUGAGCGACUAAAAGGGUAAAGAGCAAGAGAAAAAAAAAGUUUCAAUUGUCAACUCCAAUCCUUCUCCGACGAAAUCAUGAACACAAUUUCACGCUCGCCAUUGCCGGAAAACUUCCUCGCACUACCCAUUAAGUCCACCAAAAUCCCUUCCCCACGUAUUCAAUUCACAAGUCCACAAAACCCUUUCAAUUCUAGACCCCCAGUUCCCCGUUUCUCCAUCGAUUCAUCCAAAUCCCCAACUCCAGUGAUCCCCGUCGAGCCACCGCCGUUGGUCGUCGUCGGCUCGGCCAAUGCUGACAUUUACGUGGAGAUCGACCGGCUACCGGAGGAGGGAGAGACUAUCUCCGCUAAAAGUGGCCAGACUCUGGCUGGCGGCAAGGGGGCCAAUCAGGCCUGCUGCGGUGGCAAGCUCGAGUACCCAACUUACUUUGUGGGUCAGGUUGGCAAGGAUGCUCAUGGGAAGCUGAUCACGGCGGCGCUUGAGGAUGGUGGCGUCCGGCUUGAUCAUUUGGCUACUGUGGCGGCAGCGCCGACGGGGCACGCGGUAGUGAUGUUACAGUCUGGCGGGCAGAAUUCUAUCAUCAUUGUUGGUGGUGCUAAUAUGAAUUGUUGGCCUGAUGCGUUAUCUGAUAGUGAUUUGGAGGUUAUAAGAAAUGCUGGGAUCGUUUUGCUACAGAGGGAGAUUCCUGAUUCAGUCAAUAUCCAAGUUGCAAAGGCUGCCAGGAGUGCUGGGGUUCCAGUUAUUUUGGAUGCUGGUGGAGUUGACGCUCCUAUCCCACAAGAACUGCUUGACCAUGUUGAUAUUUUUAGUCCAAAUGAAAGUGAGCUAAGUCGCCUAACAGGAUGCCCAACUGAAAGCUUCGAACAAAUUGGACAAGCUGUAGAAAAAUGCUAUAAAAUGGGUGUCAAGCAAGUUCUUGUAAAACUCGGGGACAAAGGAUCUGCUUUUUUUACCCAAGGGGAAAAACCAAUCAGACAAUCCAUCAUAUCAGCUGCGGAGGUACUUGAUACUACUGGAGCUGGUGAUACUUUUACCGCAUCUUUUGCUGUGGCACUCGUUGAAGGAAAGUCAAAGGAGGAAUGCCUGAAAUUUGCGGCUGCUGCGGCCUCACUUUGUGUUCAAGUGAAGGGAGCCAUUCCCAGCAUGCCUGAUAGGGAAUCAGUGCGGAAUCUCCUUCAGUCUGUUUGAGGGUACAUAUUUAAUUUUUAAUGGACAUGCUAACUUUCUUGAUGUGAAUAAACAAUCUACAGAGCUGCCCUUUUCAACUUUUAAGUUAUUUGAUAAGAGUAUUCUUAGCCAGACCAAUUGGUCCGUCAGCUUUCUUUAGUUCUUUUUUCUUUUGGGGGGCUUUGUUCAUAUUAUUUUUGAAGAAACACACAAAAUGUAAGACCUAACACAAAUAAAAAGAUUCUUAUUGUGCACUUUCACCAACA